CAAACUCAAAAUUCAAUUUAAAAACUCAAAACCGAAAUAAAUAUUCGUUUUCCUCUCUGUUUCAAUUCAUCACCUUCUCGACUUUACAGAGAUGGCGAAAUCCGUGGAGAGAAGCUGGGUCAGAGAGAGAUGCAUCGGGAAAGGGUCGUUUGCGGCGGUGAAUUUGGCUUUUGCGAAGAAAGGCGGCGGCGUUUUCGCUGUGAAGUCGGUCGACGCCGCCUCAAGUUCGCCGUCUCGGAUCGAAUCGCUUGAGAACGAAAUCAGAAUUCUCCGGUCACUCUCGUCGCCGUAUGUCGUGAAGUAUCUCGGCGAUGACGUGACGGCGACGUACAGGAACUUACACGUGGAGUACAUGCCAGGUGGCACCGCCGCUGACCUGGCAAAUCGCGGGGAGGAAAUUGUCCGCAGCUACGCGCGGUGCGUUGUGGAAGCUCUGAUGUAUAUUCACUCAAAGGGCAUUGUGCAUUGUGAUGUCAAAGGGCAGAAUGUGCUGGUGGGCCCCGCCCCUGGGUAUGCCAAGCUGGCAGAUUUCGGAUCGGCGGUGGAGAUUGGGGAUGGACAGAGCGACAGGAUCCUGCCACGUGGGAGUCCUCUGUGGAUGGCGCCGGAGGUCAUCCGCGGCGAGUACCAGGGGCCGGAAUCCGACGUGUGGUCGCUCGGUUGUACGGUGAUCGAGAUGCUCACCGGAAAGUGGCCGUGGGAGGAUCGCGGCGCCGCCGAUACUCUGCUCCGAAUCGGAAACUCCGACGAAUUGCCUCAAUUCCCGGCUCAAUUGUCGGAAUCCGGAUGCGAUUUCCUCGAGAAAUGCUUACAGAGAGAUUUGAAGAAGAGAUGGAGCUGCGAUCAGCUGCUACAACAUCCAUUCCUUUCCGUGCUCCCUCCGCAAGAUUCCUGCACCGCCUAUUCAUCGCCCCGCUGCGUUCUGAACUGGUUCAGCUCGGACAACGACUCGGAUACUGACUCAGUAAGCGGAACUGUUAAUUUCUCGGCGAAGGAACGGAUCGGUAAAUUAGCUUCGGGGACAGGGGCAAAUUGGGAAUCGGAUGGUUGGGUGGUGGUGCGCGAGAGAGGUGUAGAAGAAGGAGGGGCAAUAUCGGGAUAUGAAAGUCUGAUUAGGACAGAGGGGCAAAUCAGUUCGGAAUAUUCUGAUUCCGCGGGAAUUGAAACAAGUACAAGUGCAAGCGAGGAAUGUUUAAGUUCCGAAAUUCACGGAGGCGGCAAUGAUCACGGCGUUGUGGGGCCCAGCUCACCUCAAGUUCCGCCGGUGCUCCGGCCGGUGGCUGGCGGCGGUGAUGACAACCACUACAUUUACUUAUGUUUAAAAUCUAUUUUGUUUUUGUUAAUGAUAGUGUUUGUUAAUGUUUACCGAUGUAAUUGUGUGACUUUUAUGAUGAGAGGUCUCUUUCACAACUACAAAAGGUUAUUACUUCCACCUUUCUUAAUUAAUUGAUUUUCCUACUUGACAAAGUUGACAUUGCAUGGAAUUUACAGAAGUGAGAUUUAUUA